GGCUCGGCUUAUUUCCGCUUCCGGGUUGCGGGGAAGGCGGGUGGGUCGUGCCAGGGGACGGUUUUGAGUGAGCGGGAAACGGUCGCCGAGAUGGAAGCGCUCCUUUCGGCGCCCGCCAGUUCUUCUUCCCCUCCGCCCCGCGAGCCCUGGGUGCAGUGCCGCUCGCGCCUCUGGACUGGCGAGCUGCUGGGCCACUGCGUGUCUUUCGUACGCAAGCUCGGGGCCGGGCAGCCGGUGGAGGCCGAGAGCUUGGAACAGGCUCUCGACGACGCGGUCUGGAACUUUGAAAAUGCUGUACAAGAGAAUGUCACUAUUAAUGGACAGCUGUGGGGAGAGUCAGAUGAUCUUCAAAAUGAUACAGACAUCAAACUCCUUGAAGAUCAACUUGAUGAGUUAAUAGUGGAGGUGGCUUCCAAACGUAAUCAGUAUCCCAGAAAAAUACAAAUGAAUGUUGUCAGAGCCAUUAAAAAACAGCAAGAAUUGUUGGGCUGCUAUCAACCUGUUGUGAAUCCUGAAGAGAUAAAAGCAAAACCUUCUCAAGAUUCUUGUAUGGCAGACUUGAAGCUUUCAACAAAAACUGCAUCCAGACACAUUGGAGAGUCCUUUAAGUCUCUGUCAUCCCUCGUAGAAAAAGCAGAAGGUUUCUCAAAAGCAUUGUCUCUGCAGCCAACUUUGGAACGGUGCAAACUCCACCAAGAAAUUGUUUCUGGCUCAGAAGUGAAAACGGAGAAUAAAAUCGACGUCAAAAACCUUACAUCACAUGUGGAAGUCACCCCCUCACAAACUGCUGCUAGUAAUUCUGUUCUACUAAAAAGAAAGAGACUAUCAUGCUCCCCACAGAAACUCUACCCACUAAAACAAAGAAAAAAUAGUCUUGAUACAUGAAAGUUUUUUGGAGGGACGACUGCUGUGUAGCCUUCCUUUCUGUUUGAACUUGUCCACAGCACUUAAGUGAAGACUGUUUGCAAAAGCAUCAGUAGUGCUCUGGAAUCCAUAUAACCAAACACAUCUCAUCUGUUACCAAUGGAGUUUGUUGCUAGAUCCCAUUGUAUAGCCCUGAAUAUUACAUCUAACGCUUAUUGUACACUUUUUAUUAAGUCUGAGCAUUGUUCUUUGACAUUGAAACUUGAGGCUGCUGUAACUUUGUAAAUUUAAUGUCAAGCUAUGAUGUUUUUCAUUUGAAUUUGCAUAUGGAUCUGUGGGUUGUGUCAAAUAUUAGUCUAACUUAAGUCCCAUUCAUUUCAAUAGGUCUGCUCUAAGUAGAACUAACAUUGGAUACAACCCUAUCUCUGUUCUAAGAGAAAUGAAGAGAUGGCUUCCUCUAGGUCUCUUUUUAAAACACAUACUAAUAACUGGUGUUGCUUGCUCGAUGGGCAGCGUAUUGUUUUUCUAAAGCCAGACUGGAAUGUACGUUGAGUUGCAUCCACCUGCAAAGUGGAGAACUGGGCCUGAAAAGCAUUUGCUCAGGCAGCAUCUGUUCAAGGAAAGCUGUAAACAGGCAAUUCUGGAAUUGGGGAUGCAGGACUUGCAUUUGCUUUGGAACUGCCUGCCUCUGUGCUUGCUUGUUUUACGAUAUAACACUUGCUCAAAUUAUACUUGUAAAUGAUAACAAAGCCACUGUAAAGUCCCCAGUGCUUUCUCCCAGAAAUAAAAUGUAAAAAAAAAACCAAAUCAUUCUGAGUUCUUCCCAUGUAAAGAGUGUCCUGAACUUACCACUUCAGGAACAGUAUAUGCAUUUAUAUACUGUGACUACAUUGGUGAGCCUUAUUUAUAAAUGUAUAAAAUCAAUGCUAUUUGCAGAUACUGUUUUCUCCCCCCUCUUUUUUUUUAAACUAAUUACAACUUACUGAAAAUAUAUUGUUUCUGAAAAUGCAAAAUGUUAUUGGUUUACCUUAGAACAACUUGAAUGUUUGUUUCUUUAAACUGUUUCUCGAGUUAACCAUCUUAAUUAGAGGGAAAUGGACAAAAGACUAUAAACACUUCAUUCUGCUCUUGAAGUUUUACUUAAAAACAUGAAUUAAUGGAGUAGGGUUUCCAAACUGAAUAUAUGUAUUUCUUUUGUUUCCUGUGUAAAAUGCAUAGUUGUAUAUAUCAAACUCAUCAGGACCAAACCUAUGGAGUAAUAUUCAAAUUUUGGAUUAAAUUAUCAAUUGUCCCAUGGUAAUUCUGAUUUAUCGUUUUCAAAAGAGAAUUCAAGUAUGACUAAAAUACUACAGCGGAGACAACUCUGUGCCGUCGGACUUGAUUAUAUAUUUUGCAUAUAGAAAUUGCCUUUAUAAAUACAAAACGCAGUAACUAGGAUCCAAACGAAGGAACAAGAAAUUUUGUAUAUGCAAAGGAGCUAUGAGCUUGAGUUUCUAGCCCACAUCUCCUAAUAUUGCAUGGGAAAUCACGUUUUGAAAGGACAGCGCCACAAGCAAUUUGUUAUAUAACGUAGGGGUCUGCUGAUCAGUGAGAAAAAGUAGGAAAAGCUCACUGGGCAUGGCUAAAACAGGUCUUCAGAUCCCCGCCAUGUCUAGCUAGAGAUGGAGUUUUACUCCAACAAAACUAUAUUGGGAUCCAAUAGUUAUUCUAUACCCAGUCAUUUUGAAAAUGAUCAGUAUGACUACUUGCCAGUAUUUCUUAAGCCAGGGGCCUCCCUGCCAUGUAACCAUUAUGAUUCUGAACUUUAGCCUAUGAGUCUAGAAGCUGUCGAUUCCUUUAAUACAGCAUCAAAUAUAUUGAUUUUCUUUUGAGUGUGGACAUAGUAGAAGAGAAUGGAUUGCACUAAACAUGGCUUUCCAAGUCCGGGAAUAAUAUCUUCUAAAUUCUGAUACCAUAAUUUUAAUAAAAUGAUACUUUAACUUUUUGAAGCCCAUCUUGAAAUCUAGGUAACCCUUCUGUUUUGAAUUCUAGAAUUGGUUUCUCUUCAAAUCUCAAUCUUGCAUCCUUAAGCAUACCUGCUUGGAAGUAAUUCCCACUGAAUUCAGUCAGACAUAUUUCAGAAUGGAGCCUAAGAUGGAGCUUUAAGAUGGAGCCUAAUUCCAUGGAGUCCUUGCAGUUUUCCUUAGAGACAAUGUGGCUUGUUUAAUGUGGAUGGCUUUAAGCACGACUGCUACUGAGUGCUGCCGUUUUACAACCAUAAGGUGCUGAAGCAGUGACCUCUUGAGACUCUUCUACAACUUUUUGAUAAGGCAGUUAGGAUAUUGUAAUAUAAAUGAGAGCAUACAAUUAUUUUUAGGAGGGCAAAACAGCUGGAGGUGGGAGAAGAAAGUUGAGUGAUGAAUUAAUACAGUGACUGAUUUGGGCAAGGAAUUGUGUAACUUUAAAAAAAAAUUAGGGGGUCCCAAUUUUGAUAGGACUAGCAUUGUAUCUUAAGAGGGGAACCUUACUAAAUCCAGGCUAUAUAAUAAACACUGAAUGGCCUUGCAGAAGAAUGUAGUGAUAGAGUGAUUUCCUGGAAACUUUCAUGGUGGCUGCAUACAGUGUCUUAAUAUUGUACUUCUAAAGUGAAUUAUAUUGAGAAAAUUCUCUCUCUUAGCUAUGUGUAAUUUGUUUUUUUGGAUAAGUUUCCUAUAACUCUGAACUCAUAGUUGUAAAAACAGUCUUAAAACCUCCCUUUACUUGAAAUGUCACAACACUGAACUUUUUUAUUUUUAACUUGGGCAUAAACUGGUAUUGCAUCAGAA